CGGUACUAAAUCUACACUAACCAAUGAACACUAAGAGGUUCUUGUUGCUCCGUGUGCUGAUUGGAGCGGCGGUGUCGUGACGUACACGGAUGCGGAAGAGGGGUUGAGUCGGUGUGAAGCUGAGGCGUGCAGACAGAUCAGGGGAGAGAGCUGUGUUUUUGCUGCAAAUUGUCAGAGCCCUACCUUCUAUCAAUAUGAACCUCAUGUCAUUUACACCUCUGUGGUGUUUCCUUAUCCUAUUCGUGCUGCCUUCUGUCUCAUCCAGUGAGGGCAGGAAGAAAUUGCAAAUUGGAGUGAAGAAGCGUGUAGAAAAUUGCCCUGUUAAAUCCCGGAAAGGAGACACACUACACAUGCAUUAUACAGGGAAACUGGAGGAUGGGACAGAAUUUGACAGCAGCAUUCCCAGGAAUCAGCCGUUUACCUUCACUCUGGGUACCGGACAAGUCAUAAAGGGCUGGGACCAAGGGUUACUUGGAAUGUGUGAAGGGGAGAAGAGGAAGCUGGUAAUACCUUCAGAAUUGGGUUAUGGAGAUAGGGGAGCACCCCCAAAAAUUCCAGGAGGAGCCACUCUGAUCUUCGAAGUGGAGUUAUUGAAGAUAGAACGUCGAUCUGAACUAUAAAUAUGAAGCCAUGACAGCCUUCUGUUUAGCCAGUAUUUGUGCUAGGAGGGGAGACGUCACCUUGUACCCAAUAAACACACACAAAAUCUAUGGCUUCAUUAAUAAGCGUUAGAGUAACAUUCACUGCUUCAUCCAAAGGCUCUCAUGUUCCAAAAUAAAUGGUUUGCUACACAAACAAGACACCAGUGCAAAUAUUCCAGGCACAGUAGUACUAUGUUUUAAUACAUAGUAAGUUAGGUUGAAAAAAGACCUUUUAAAUCUAUUUUAACCUGCCUAACUGCUAGUUUAAAGGAACAUGCACAUGUUUUCCUUUCCUUUGAGAUACUGUUUAUCCUAAACACAAGGUUGCUUGAUGUUGUAAUUUUGCUUCAUAUUUGUUCAAGAACACCAUUUUUUCUAGUAUUGUGGCCUUGUUUAUUUUGCUGUUCUCUUUUCCCGUGGCUACUGACUGCAGCCAUACCUGUUACAUUGUGGACAAUGUGAGGUUUCAUCCCCAACCAGUGGCUCGCAAGCAACAUGUGUCUCACCAACCCCUUGGAUGUUUUUCUCAGUGGCCUCAAAGCAGCUGCUUAUUUUUGAAUUCCAGGCUUGGAGGCAAGUUUAGUUGCACAAAAACCAGGUGUACUGCCAAACAGAGUCUCCUAUAUGCUGCCAGUCCAUAUAAGAGCAAACAAAUCACAACAGUAUUUGUCAGCCCCAGGGACUUUUUAUGUUGGUGUUGCUCCCCAACUCUUUUAAAAUAGGUUUGGAACCCCUGGCCUAAGUGAACUAGAAAUACAUUAUAUCUUUGAUCUUUACUUUGUCUCCAAACAGCUGUUCUGGUUGCAGGAGGGUUAGUACCUGACCUGUGCAGUAUUAUUGUAGAUGGUAGUGUGCAUCACUUGGCUUACAUUGAAACCUAAAUGCAUUACAAAGUCAUUGCCCCAUGUGGGCCGGGCAAGGUAGUUAUUAUUUUUGGAGACAUGGGACAGCUUUGAACAGCAUGGCUCUUGCACAAGGCAAUAGAGUCUUCCAUGCUUACUACGGGAGCAUGUAUUAUGACAGGGGUCCCCAACUUUUUGUUCCCAUGAGCCACAUUCAAAUAUAUAAAAAAAAAAAAGUUGCAGAGCAACACAAGCAUGAAAAUAGUUCCUGGAGGUGCCAAAUAAGUGCCGGGAUUGGCUCUGGUAGCCCCCUUUGUAGACCGGCAGCCUAUAGGAGAUUCUGCAAUACUCCUGUUUUUUUAUGCAACCAAAACUUGCCUCCAAGCCUGGAAUUUAAAAAUCAGCACCUGCUUUGAGGCCACUAGGAGCAACAUACAAGGGGUUGGUGAGUAACA